CCCCGAGGGGGCGGGCCAGCGGCUCCCGCGCACGCCUGUGGCGCGCGCAGGGCUGACGGCGGCGGCAGUCAUGGCGGCUCCGUGUGUGAGGGUGGCGCGGCGCAGCCUCUCGGCUUUAGCGUUGUCUCUCAGGCCCUCUCCCCGGCUGCUGUGCACAGCCACAAAACAGAAGAACAACGGCCAGAACUUGGAAGAGGACGCGGGUCAGAAUGAACAGAAGACAGAUCUUCCCUCUACAGAGAAGACCCUCAUGGAGGAGAAGGUCAAGCUGGAAGAGCAGCUGAAGGAGGCCAUGGAAAAAUAUAAGCGAGCUUUGGCAGAUACUGAGAACUUUCGGCAGAGGAGCCAAAAAUUGGUGGAGGAAGCUAAACUCUAUGGCAUUCAGGGCUUCUGCAAGGACUUGCUGGAGGUCGCAGACAUCUUGGAGAAGGCGACACAGUCUGUCCCGAAGGAAGAGAUCAGAGACGACAACCCCCACCUGAAGAACCUCUACGAGGGGCUCCUGAUGACCGAGGCCCAGAUCCAGAAGGUGUUCACCAAGCACGGCUUACUCCGCCUGGACCCCCUGGGCGCCAAGUUCGACCCGUACGAGCACGAGGCCUUGUUCCACACGCCGGUGGAGGGCAAGGAGCCGGGCACAGUGGCGCUGGUUAACAAAGUGGGCUACAAGCUGCACGGGCGCACCCUGAGGCCCGCCCUGGUGGGGGUGGUGAAGGAGGCCUAGCCGCCGCCAGGGCUCCUGGCGUUUGCAGGUGACUCUCAGAAGGCCGGUUGUCUUUGCUCCUGCCAGUGCUUUGGCCUUUCCCUGACCCCCGUUGGAAGGCUUCGGUCACCACGGCGCCACAGAACAGCAAGCCAGUUGCACAGUCGUGUCAACAGACGAGCUGGGGAGUCGUUCGUUGAUUUUCCAUACAUAUUUAAUAGUUGGUGUGCUGACGGAUCGCUGCCGGAGCCUCGGGUGUCGUGAAAAACACUGUGUCUGCUCAGACUCUGGUGACCUCAGAGGGUUUGAGAUGAAUAAAAGGUCGAUGUCUGGCUA